AUGAAAGAAGACUAAACUUAUUCAAAUUAAAACAAACAUUUAUACUGUGAAGAAAUUGAUUAAAAAUGCUAAUAAAUGAUAUUAAAAUAAUAUAAUGAUGCAAUUGAAGUAGCUUUUAAUAUAAAAAAGAAGAGAAUUUUUAAAAAAAAGAGGAGAUAAUAAUAGAUAUUAGUGAGGCCUAACACCUAUUCAUUGUUAAAUUAAAAUAGGAUUUUUUGCUUAUAUGGGGGACUAUUUUUGCCUUGUGAUUUUGCGUACGAAGCUAAAAACCUCUGGGCAGAAAGACAAAACAUUAAACUAGGCUAUAGACCUUUACAGAGUAUUGAAAAAAAGAAGAAUUAUAGCAUUGUAGAGUUUUAGUGUAACUUUAAAGGGCUAGAAUAAUUUGAUUUUUUAAUAAAUAUUUACAUGAAUAAAGGGAAAUAAGAUUAUUAUAAUCUUGCAUAGGUUCUUAAAUAAUUCUAACAUAAUAUUUAGAUUUGGAAAAAAUAGGCUUAGCUAUUAGCUCCAAUGAGGUUAAAGAAUUAUGAAGAAUAUCAUUCUGAGUAUUAGAGUUUUAUUAAAGAAUGCUUAAACAAAGUGGAUGAGUUGGAUUAAUCAAAAUUUUAUUUAUUUGGAUUCAUAUUUUAUAAUUAUGAAACUGAGAAUAUAGAGUAAAGAACUGUAGGUUUUAGUAAAGGUUUUUUGAGUUUGCUGGGAACUGAUUAAGAUUAAUUUAAUAAUAUAACUCUGCGUUCAGGAGAUUCUAACUAUUACUCAGGAGAUACCUUUUUAAAUGCAAUUGCUAUUUCAUUACUUCCCUUUGCUUGUAAAGAUGUUAUCUUUUAAAAAUCAGUUGCCGACACAGUAAUAUUCUCCUAUGAUGGAUUUUAAAUUCCUUGUAAAGAGAUUAGAAGUUACUACUUACCUGAAAAUUUUAAUUAAAUAAAUUUUUUUGAGAUUGGAUUUGGAUUAGUGGAAUAUGAUAUUAGCAUUACAAUGCUUCAAUAAUUGCUAACAUUAAGAGCAAGAAAGUAUUAUAUUGAAUAAAAUAAAGAGUUAGAAUUGUGUUGUGAUUAAACUUUUGAAUAUUCAAUGAACUCUCAGAUUUUCAUUGAAAAAUACUAUCCAGAUGCAAUUACAAACGAGUUUUUAAGAUGUAAAUACUAACAUAUUGAUGAAGUUAAUUAAAAAACAAAUAAUUUAUAAGUAGUGACUUCUGUUUCAUCAAAACAAACUAAUUCUUUUUGUAAUGAUGAUUUAUCAGAAAUAAGCUUUAAUAAUCUCUAUCAAUCAACCACUUUGAAAGAUUCAACUAAGUCCACUAUUUAGGGAAAUAAAUCUUCAUUUUUAUAAAUACCCUAAAAGAAUAAUAUUAAUAAAAUAAUCACUCCUGAAAAUUUUUAAAUUCUCAUUUAAUAAAAUUUUUAAUAAUAGUUAAAUAAUGUUGAAAAUUAAUAAUUUAUUGAAAUGGGAAUUAAUUAAGGAUUAGGAUAUUCUUAGAGUUUAGAAUAAAAUUUAAAUAUUGAAGAUCAAAGCAUAUAAUUUAAAAAAGAUAUAUCCAGUAUAGAUUAGUCAGAUUAAUUAGGAUUUUCUCAAAAUUUACAAUAAUAAUAAGCUGAGAUGUAAAUAGAACCAUUUAUGUACUUUGAAAAUGGCUGCUAAUCUGAAUAAGAACAGUUGAAAUAAAUAAAAUUACUUCCCCAAAAAGGAUUGGAUAUGAUGUUUUAAUAAUCUGAUAAUGAUUUAAAUAAUAAUUAUCUAUUUCUUUAGCUUAAAAAUAAUGAAAAAGAAGUUUUUAUGCUUAAAAAUAGUUUAAAAAACCCAUAAUUAUAAUAAGAAAAUGAUGUCUAAUUUAACUAUGUUGAAUUUGUGAGUGAUUAUAAUAAACAAUAAAAAAUAAAUCAUUUUUGA